AUGGACAAGUUGCAACAGACGAUGGAAUCAGCUAAGACUCCUAUUGCAGUUGUUGGCAUUGGGUGCCGCAUGCCCGGAGGUGUCGACUCACCUAAGGCAUUCUGGGAUGCCCUGGUACAGGGUGAGGACAUGAUCAGUGAGGUGCCUCCAGACAGAUGGUCCUUGGAAACCUUCCAUGAUCCUGACCAGUCCAACCACAGAAAGAUGGUGACUAAACGAUGUGGCUUCAUUCAUGACAUUGACAAGUUUGACAAUACCUUCUUCAAGAUUUCACCCCGUGAGGCAAGCUCAAUGGACCCCCAGCAACGUCACAUCCUUGAAGUCACCUACGAGGCUUUUGAGGAUGCAGGAAUCAUCCCAGACACCCUGGGAGAAUCCUGCGGUGUCUACAUCGGUGUUGGCAUGAUGGAUUACACCAUUAUGAUGAUGGAAACAUCACUCAUUAACCCAUACACUCACACGGGUGUAGCACACUCUGCAGUUGCCAACCGAAUCUCCUACGCCUUCGACCUCCGCGGCCCCUCCUAUGCUGUAGACACCGCUUGUGCUUCGUCUAUGACAGCCAUGCAUAGUGCCUGCAAUGCUAUAUGGAACGGCGAGUGCACAACUGCUGUUGCGGGGGGCUGCAACAAUCUACUCAUCCCUGAGGGCACUGUUGGUUUCAGUGCUCUGGGCGUCCUGUCACCUGAUGGAAAGUGUUGUCCAUUUUCUGACACGGCCAAGGGCUAUGUAAGAAGCGAAGGAUGGGGAGUCUUCAUCCUCAAGCCUCUCGACUUAGCACUUGCUGACAACGACCAUAUCUAUUCCGUCAUCCGAGGAAGUGCCAUCGCAGCAAAUGGUUUCAGCAAGAGUCUUACAAUGCCCUCAGCACCCGCCCAAGAGAUGGUGAUGAAGAAUGCCUAUGCACGCUCAGGAGUUCCACUAUCUUCUGUUCAGUAUGUGGAGGCCCACGGGACUGGAACUCCUGUAGGCGAUCCCAUUGAAGCAAGUGCUAUAGGUCACACCUUUGGCCACCUUAGGGACACCCCAGUCAAAAUAGGAUCUGUGAAGAGCAAUUUUGGGCACAACGAGUGUGCUGCCGGGAUCACAGCUGCCAUUAAAGUUGCUUUAAUGCUAGAUAACAAUAUGCUGGUCCCCACCAUCAACUUUGUCAAUGAAAACCCUAACAUUGACCUACAAGAGCUCAACCUCGAUGUCCAGACAAAACUUGAGCCACUGGAGAGUAAGCCAAACAAAGUCAAGGAGACGGGUGAUACCUACACCAUUGGCCUAAACAGCUUCGGUUUUGCUGGAGCAGUUGCACAUAUGAUCUUUCAGAAAGGACCGAAAAUAAAUAGCGAAGCCAAACACACGGACUUGGCUAGCUGGAAAUUUGGAGAUGAUAAGGUUGGGCGCCCAAUCAUCCUCCCUCUUUCUGCAAAAUCCGGGGAGGCUCUGAAAGAUCUUGCAAAGAAGUGGCUGGAGUUUGAAUGUGACAAAGAUGCCAUGAGUGUGGCAUCAUGGCAGGCAACUCGAAGAGAUCACCAUGCCUAUCGGAUGGCUGUAAUUGCUGACUCUACCGACUCCUGCAGACAGAGCCUACAGGGGUUUCUUGAAGGUUCUGGAUCUGAAGCUGUUGUUACUGGCACAUCCCCUCAAGCAAAACCGAAGGUUUGCUUCGUUUUCCCUGGCCAAGGGCAGCAGUGGGAGGACAUGGGCCGCAAGCUCUACAGAGAUGAGAUGGUUUUCAGGGACACGAUCAAUACUUGUGAUCAGAUCUUCAAAAAGAUGUCCGGAUGGUCCCUGCUCGAAUACUGUGGUUUAUUCAACAGCCAUCCAAUCAAUCCAGACACGUCUCCGUAUACAUCUGUAAACAAUGCACUCUGUCAGGUAGAAGUCAUUCAGCCUGCCAUCAUGUUCAUCCAGGUCGCACUGUAUCAUCUCUGGAGGCACUGGGGAGUACACCCUGACGUUGUUGUGGGGCACAGCCUUGGUGAGAUCUCUGCAGCCUAUGCAAGUGGUGGCCUGACCCUAGAGGAAGCCGUGGCUGUAAUCUAUCACCGCAGCCACGAACAAGCCAAACAACAGGGAACAGGUAGAAUGGCUGCACUGCGAGCCAACAAAGAACAGGCAGAGAAGAUCUGUCAGGAGCACCAGAAUCUCUACAUAGCAGCGGUCAAUGCACCUGGUGCAAUCACUCUAGCUGGAAACAGAGACGUCAUCACCACUGUGGUUGAUCAAAAUCCAGGAAAGGCCAAACAGCUCCGGGUGACUUGCGCCUUCCAUACUCCAGAGAUGGACCCGAUCAAGGAGCCAUUUUCCAGGGCAAUGGAAGGUGUUGUCGAGAGUAAACCUGGAAAGAGAGAUGUACCCUACUACUCAACCGUAACAGGUGAUUACUACGAUGGCAGUUUUGGCACUGACUACUGGUGGAGCAAUAUUCGAGGUGCUGUACUCUUUCAGCCUGCCAUUGAAGCUAUUCUGCAGGAGACAAGGCCUGAUGUCUUUCUUGAGAUUGCAGCCUCAAACACAUUGCUAUCCUCAGUAAAGCAGAUUGCCCGUGGCUUGGAUCCCAAAUACCCACCCGUCACCGUGAACUCUAGCCUGCGGGACAAAGAUGAUCUGCAGAGUAUCCAAAGAGCAGUGGGCACUCUCUAUGCAAACGGUGUUCCUUUAGACUGGGCCACAAUAACCCGUGAAUCAGCUGAGUGGGCACCACUUCCAACAUAUCCAUGGCAACACCAGUCUUUCUGGUUGGAGACAGAGGAGAGACGGAAACGUCGCCUGGGUUUGGAUGACCGCACCUUCAAAGGACAGAGUGGCAACCUCUCCCUGGAGAUGUUCCCCUUCUUGGCUGAUCAUGUUGUGGGCAACAGAAUCCUAUUCCCUGGAGCUGGCUACAUCGAGUACAUGACACAGAUGAGUUUUGAGGAAACUGAGAAACCGGCUCUAAAGAACAUCAACUUCACCCGUGUUCUACCAUGGCCAGAAGACUCAGACUCCAAGAAGUGCACCUUGAACCUUGGGCUCGUGAAAGAUGGAGCUGGAAUCCAAGUUACCUUUGAUGGAAAUCUACACAGCAACGCACAGAUUGAUGUCUCCAGCAAAACGGAUGUGGAAGAGAGUCUCCCUCUUGAGAAGAUAACAGAGAGGUGCUCUACUGAGGUCACUGGUGAGGAGUUUUAUUCCAGGCUCCAAGACCUGGGUCUCAGCUACGGACCUGCUUUCCAGAUGGUGGAGAAGAUGUUCCUAGGUGAUGGCGAGGCACUUGCUGUUCUGCAUGCAGUUCCUGACAACAAGCAGAGAGUCCAAGUGGCUCAUCUGGAUGCAACUUUUCAACUGGCUUUGUCUGCUGUUGGUUCAAACAGCGCAAUGUACCUUCCAGUGCACAUAGAUUCCUUCGAGUUAUCCAGAGAGGCUAUUCCAUCAGGGCAACCCAUUAUCGCCUACACCAGAAUUAUCGAUUGUGACAGUAUGAUUCUCACAGCAGAUAUCACCAUGGCUACUGAGGAAGGCAAAAUCUUGGCAACUCUGAAAGGGUUCCAGGGACAGAACUUUAACGGUAGCCAGUCAGAUGUUCCAAUUGAAUCAUGCAUCUACACUACCCAGUGGCAACCAGCAUCAGCCAAUACACUGCCAACAUCAGUCCUCGAAGAUGUUUUUGAGGAGAGCCAUCUUCAUCAGGCAUAUGGAGAAGAAAUGGAUGCCAUCAAGCGAACAGAAGAGAUUCUUGAUGAUAUUGAGGGAGUGUGCGUCUCAUACAUACGAAAUGCUCUUAGUACCGUCCCACAAGAAGAGCGGGCACAGGGCAAGAGCUACACGAAGUACAUCCAUCGCUUUCAGACCAUUUCAGAAAAUGCUAAAAGCAAAAUCAUUCAGCACAAUGAGAUUCCUGCAGUCAUAAAGAAGAUCCUCCAGCAUGUUCCUGAAUUGGAUUCAGAGAUGACCUUAACGAAAACCCUUGGUGAAGCUCUGCCUGACACUCUGCGUGAUCCACAAGUUGCCGUUCCCCUCAUGUUUAGUGCUGACGGACUCGACCGUUAUUUCUUUGAUUCACUCAGCACAAGAAUCUACUACAAAGCUGGAGCUGAAGCAGUUGUCAGGGCUGUCCGAGAAGCUGCCAAGCACAAGAAGGUUGUCCGAGUUCUGGAGCUUGGGGCUAGGAUCGGAGGUUUGACUCGCUUCAUCGUUGAUCCACUGAAGGAUUUUGGGACUGAAAGGAAGAUGGAGUAUGUCUUCACUGAUGUGAGUGCCACCUUCUUCAAUCAAGCUCAGGGAAAUCUCCAAGAAUUCCCAUUCGUCCAGUACAAACAGCUAGAUAUCGAGAAAGAAAUCAAAGACCAAGGGUUUGUUCCUGGCAGCUUUGAUGUUGUAGUCUGCCUGGACACCCUACAUGCAGCGGUUGAUGUUCAGCGAAGCACGGCUUUCAUGACCGACCUACUCAGUGCUGAUGGGCUCAUGUUCAUCAUGGAGGGAACCAACACCCACUACCUGACUGAACUCUGGUUUGGGGCUAUGGAUGUAUGUUGGGUGUUUGAUGACUUCCGAAAGGAGCGUUGCUGGCUGCAUCAUCAGGGUUGGUUAGACACCAUGGAAAAGGUUGGUCUCAAAGAUAUCGUAUCCGCAUCCACACCAAACGAGUUUUUCCACUCUGUGUUUGUUGGAAGAAAGCCCUCAGUCUCAGAGCGCGACCAAAAAAGAAUAAUCCAGCAAGACAAGCUAUUCAUAGUACGAAAUAUCAACAACAGGUUCUCAUCUGAGUUCCUUCCUCACUACCAUGGUGAAGUCCAGAUCAGCAACUUCUCCGAGGCCAAGUCUCUUGAUCGUGUGUUCAGUGAGCACACUGAUUCCCCAAUGGAAUUGAUGUACAUCUACAGCGAAGAAGACUCUAAGCUUCACGCCCUGUUGAAACUUUUCCAGGCAGUUGAGUCAUAUCCAGAGGUUGUCAAACGUAUGUGGGUUGUGACAAAGGGAGGAAACAUGGAUUCAUCACUUCCGAAUGGUUCGCUGGUAAUUGGCUUGACUCGAUCCGUCAGCAAUCAGAUCCCUGGGGUAACUAUUUUCUCGGUAGAUUUUGACCCCCAAAAUUCACUGGCAGAUAACGUUCAGGAGAUGCUUAAGCUGAUGAAUGACCACGAUCUUGGAGAGCGAGAGCUUGUGAUCCGAAAGAAGGAGAGGUUUGUUUCUCGGGUUCUGCAUCAAGAUUUGAACACUGAAAACAAGAUUCAGUCUACAAAGUGGCGUGUGGGACAGGAUUUAAGGGGGCUAACUGGUAAAGGGGCUUCCAUUGAUGAUCUUGCAUUCCAUAAUGUCCAUGAUUUUGAAGUCCCACCGGGCCAUGUCAAGAUUAUAGUCAAGGCAGCUCCUCUCAAUUUCAAAGACGUCAUGAUGGCACUUGGUCUUCUUGAGGGAUUAGAAGAUGAAACACAGCCGUCCUUUGGUCUUGAGUGUGCAGGCGUUGUACAAGAGGUAACAUCGGGGGCACAUGGCUUCAAAAUAGGUGAUGAGGUCAUUGCAUUUGGGAAAAGCUGUUUUGGUUCCCACGUUAUCUGUGACGCACGGUUAACUGUCUUGAAACCAGAAAACCUCAGCUUUGUAGACAGUGCAAGUGUUGGUGUGGUUUUUGUGACGGCAUACCUCUGCCUGGUCGAACGAGCCAAUCUCAAGGAGGAUGAGACUAUCUUGAUUCACUCAGCCUGUGGGGGAGUCGGUCUUGCAGCAGUUCAGAUUGCAAAAAUGAUUGGAGCGAAGAUCAUAUGCACUGCCGGUACAGAGGAGAAGAGAAACUAUCUACAGAAGCAGCUUGGCAUUGAGAUGGUCAGCGAUUCCAGGUCUUCCCGUUUCUAUGAUGAUGUUAUGAAAUGGACCAACGGAAGGGGUGUGGAUGUCAUCCUUAAUUCUCUGUCUGGUAAGCUGCUUCAAACGGGCACCUCUCUGCUGGCUCCUGCUGGACGAUUUUGUGAGAUUGGUAAGAGAGACAUUCUGCAGAAUUGUAAUCUUCCUAUGGGCUUCUUCCUGGAGAACAAAGUCUUCCAUUCCUGCCAAGUGGACGUUUUGAUGAAGCAGCAACCAGCUAUAGUUCAGAACAUCAUGCAGAAGGUCAUUCACCUCUUUGAAGAAUCUAAGCUGAAGCCUAUUCCAGUCACAGUCCAUUCUAUCAAAGAGCUCAAGGAAACAUUCAGGACUAUGUCAAAGGGUUCCCACAUUGGUAAGAUCGUCUUUGAAGUACCUGAAGAUUUCCAGCCAACUGAAGUGAAGCAAUCACUGAACCAGUUCACAUCCAAUGCUACCUACAUAAUCACCGGUGGCUUUGGUGGCAUUGGACAGGCUCUCUCCAGAUGGCUAUGCCAGAAUGGUGCCCAGCACAUUGUUCUCGUUUCACGAAGAGGGGCUCAGACGGCAGCUGCAAAGAGAACGGUGAGCUACCUGAAACGCAACAAGGUUAACCUCUACGAGUUUGCACUUGACAUAUCCAGCAAAAACAGCGUGGCAGCGAUGUUGGAGAAACUGCGAGACGACAAGCAAGUACCUAAAAUCAGAGGCAUUUUUCACCUGGCCGGAGUCAUUGAGGAGGAAGAUCUAUCAGAGAUUACAUUUGAUCAGAUGUCCCGAAUCCUUGGUGCCAAAGCAACUGGUGCCAGAAUCCUCCAUGAGCUGACUCAAGAGGACAAACUGGACAUCUUCUUCAUGCUGUCUUCAAUCUCCACAACCUGGGGUCAUCAAGCACAGCCCGUCUACUGCGCUGCUAAUGCCUACCUUGACGCUCUUGCUGAAAAGAGACACAACUGUGGUUUGCCUGCACUUUCAGUGCAAUUGGCCCCCAUUAAAGGAGCUGGGUACCUGGAGGACAAGGCAGAGACAGUCAAAAUCAUAGCCAUGAAGGGGAACUACCAGCUGUACGUGGACGAGUUUCUUGCUGUGCUCGGUCAGCUUCUCCCACGGAAGGAUCUACCAUGCGUGUGUCUUGCAAACAUGGACUGGGGAGCCACACAGCAGUUCUGCCAGAAGCACAUGCUGAAAUUCCACCACCUAGCAGCCAACAACUCCAAGUCUCCAAGUGGAGAGGCUCGUUGCCUUGACGCUGCCGACUUGGAAGCCAGUGUCAAAUCCAAGAUGGCUGAACUUCUGUGCAUGUCGGAGGAAUCCAUUGACGUCAGCCAGCCCAUGGUGAACUACGGCGUGGACUCGCUGGUUGCCUUGGAGAUGGUGAACUGGGCGACCAAUCAGCUGGGAGUGACCAUCUCUCAGUUGGACAUCUUAGGAGGCAUAACUACAGCCGCUUUGCUGGAAAAGGCCGUGGAAGCAAACUAAACUGUGACAAUUAGGAAAAAACAGUGACAAUGUCAAAAGUACGCUUUUGUGUCUGCGGCAUUUUAUAAUGGUCGAAUGGAUACCAUGUGUGCGAAUGCUAGUACGUGCGCGCCUAAAUACGAGCGCGCCAGCGCCUAGUGCAACGUAGAGUUUAUUUUAUCUGAAUUUGCGCAAGCGCACACUGUUUAGACCUUGUCGCAGCGGCAAUGGCGUACAAACAAGACAAGUGUUCUCUUGUCAACAUCAAAGAAGGGGUACUUGCGCACGGGGUCCAUACACACAUGUAAAUAUAAACCAACAAAUACGCAGAACAAUAAUGUAUACCAGAAAACUUCUAUCGGCAUUUAAGAUUAGGAAAAAAUUAGGAAAUUAGGAAAAAAUGUUUCGGCUUUUUGAAUUGAAUGCGUGUAAUUGUGAAAACACCGCCUUUUCUUCAAUCUCAAACAGAAUAGUGUAAAAAAAUAAUUAGUUGAAAUUCCAAGAGAACAAUCAAUUAGAUUCUAGGUUUUUCUCAGGCCAUGUACACAACAUCGGCCGCAAGUGUCAAUCAAGCUGAGCCAAUCCUGCGUGACGUCGAAUCUUGCAAUUGCCAAGAUUCAAGAACAAUUCUGUUUAACCGAUAAAAUUAUCAAAGAUUAUCUAUUUUUAUAAUAUUUUAUUCUGUAUUUAUUCUCCUCUUCGAAAGUUUACAUCGCCAGAUUAUAUCACACAUUUCUUUCAUUUAGUAUGCCAAAAUUACGUACAUAAUUUUUUUUUCAAAUACCAGAAUAUUAUGCAAAAGUUCCUUGGCCUCUGAUUUAAAAUCAGAACGAUGUCGCAGUUCUUCCAAAAAUGAAAAUUUCAGGGCAGUCUCUUUGUAUUCAUCUUCGAGAUAUACAGUAUAGAAAAAAAAAACGUAUCCGGCCAUUUUUUUGUGAUGGUCAUUGAAUUUUAGUGAAUGGCAAAAACUCAAUUUUUUUGAGUUAUACGUAUAUCUUAUAGAUUUGAUGUAAAAUAAGAAUCAAAUGAAAAGUUUAGAAAUUGAUUAUGCGACUUUUUCUGUUGGUGGGUAGCGGGUAAACGUAGAUUAGAAAGAUUAAUGGGUUUGAGUGUUAAAAACCUCGCUUUUUAAACAGGAUUCAACUGAUAAUCAAUUUUACUGUUUAGUUUUGCCGGUAUACACAUAUAAUUAAGUUAAAGGAUUCUAUAAUGACAAAUUUAAAGAUCGAUUAACUAUAUUUUCUAUUAGCGGGUAUUGUAUAAACUCAGGUAUAGAUAUGGACGAUUAAUGAGUCUGAAAGUUAACAAAUUCGCUGAAUAGAAAUUAUUCAACUGACAAUUGGUUUACUCUUCAUUUUUGUUUGCAUAUACAUGUACUCAGUUUAAUUUAAGGACACUAAUGACAAAUUAAGAGAUCGAUUAACUAUUUUCUAUUGGCGAGUAUAUCAUGCAAAAAAAGUAGCUAUUAAAGAUUAAUGGGUUUGAGGAUAAUAGACUUUCUUUUUAAAAAAGUAUUCAACUGACAAUUUGUUUACUAUAUAUUUUUGUUUGAAUACUCAGUUUAAAGUUAAAGGACAUGCACUAAUGACAAUUUGGAGAUCGAUUAACUUUAUUAUUUUUUUAUUGGCGGGUAUCAUGUAAACUGAAGUAGAUAUGGAAGAUUAAUCGGUUUAAGGAUAAUAGAUUUGCGUGUUAAAAAGUAUUCGACUGAAAAUUUGUUUACUAUAUAUUUUUGUUUGCAUACUCAGUUUAAAUUUAAGGACACUUAUGACAAAUUAAGAGAUCGAUUAACUAUUUUCUAUUGGCGGGUAUAUCAUGUAAAAAAAAGAGUAGAUAUUGAAGAUUAAUGGGUUUGAGGAUAAUAGAUUUGCUUUUUAAAAAA